UAGUAUAAACAAGGGGUAUUGGGAUCUGUUGGGGUCGCUGGGAUCAGACAACUAACAUUCUGGAAAAAGUUUCGUGCUCUCAAUCCUUCAAAUGCCACGUAGCUCUUUCGUUUUAUGGCCUCUUCCGUUUAGGAAAUAUAAAAAUGAUUCCUAAACCAAGAUAAACGCGCACCGUACGUCUCUCUCUCUCUCUCUCUGUGAAAGCUUCAACUUUCUCUAUCUCAAUUCUUUUCAGGAUCUCCUACUCUCUUGACUCGUAUAAAAUUCACAUUCUCUCACCCUAAAUCUCGUUAUACAAAUCACUCAUUGUCUUUGCUCCUUGAGGUGGCAUUGCAGAGAUCCGAGUUUGAAUCUGGAUGGAGAUAGACAUGGUCGUCGAGUUGGGUUUGAUUUAAUUCCGAGUCUCUUUUUUCUUUCUCAUUUCUGUUUGUUCUAAACUUGAACAUGGAUGGUGAAUAUCAAGAACUUAUGGUAUAAGUAUCAAUUUGUGAAGGCUUACAUAAGGAAUUCCAGAGGAGUGCAGCUUUUCACUUGCAGAUGGUUGCCUUUCUCUUCCCCAAAGGCCCUUGUUUUCCUUUGCCAUGGUUACGGCAUGGAGUGCAGCGGUUUCAUGAAAGAAUGCGGGGUCCGGCUAGCUAAUGCCGGGUAUGCGGUGUUCGGAAUCGAUUACGAGGGCCACGGACGUUCUCGGGGGGCAAGGUGUUACAUUAAGAAGUUCGAAAACAUCGUUAACGAUUGCAAUGACUUCUUCAAGUCGAUUUGUGCGGAGGAAGAGUACAGGGACAAGUGUAGGUUCUUGUAUGGAGAAUCCAUGGGAGGGGCAGUGGCUUUAUUGCUUCAUAAGAAGGACCCUAAAUUUUGGAAUGGUGCUGUUCUUGUUGCACCAAUGUGUAAGAUAUCAGAGAAAGUAAAGCCGCAUCCACUGGUUGUGAAUGUAUUGACUAGAGUGGAGGAGAUUAUACCGAAAUGGAAGAUUGUACCCACCAAAGACGUCAUUGAUUCAGCCUUCAAGGACCCUGUAAAGCGCGAAGUGAUAAGAAGCAACAAGCUUAUCUACCAAGACAAGCCGAGGCUGAAAACAGCUUUGGAAAUGCUUAGAACUAGCAUGAGCCUUGAAGACAGUUUACAUGAGGUGAAACUGCCUUUCUUUGUUUUACACGGGGAGGCAGAUACAGUUACAGACCCUGAAGUAAGCAAGUCUCUGUACGAAAAAGCCAGCAGCCCAGACAAGACCAUAAAAUUGUACCCUGGAAUGUGGCAUGGCUUAACAUCAGGAGAGCCUGAUGGGAACGUCGAAAUCGUGUUUGCAGACAUCACAGUUUGGCUUGAGAAGCACACUACAGACAGCAAUGUCAUGGUUGUGCAGCCAAUUCAAACAUUUAAUGACGGCAUCGUGAAGUUGAACACCACAGCAUCAUCCCCCGAAACCAUGAACAAGCGGCAGAAAGGGAGCUAUUUUUGUGGGUUAAAGGGACGAAGAUUACAGCAUCACUCAGCAAUGUAGUCCGGCAUGCUGGGAAUCAUAUCUACUGUUUCAUACUUGUGCAUAAUCACUUUAAAACUGCUCUCAAAUUUUCCUCCCAAAUGAUAAAUGUGAAUCAGUAUGAUCGGAAUUGGGAGGAAGUGGAAUAAAAAGUAACCCUGUUUUUACUGAACCUAAAA